AGGAGCAUGCUGCUUGCAGAGGCUCUGCUGGAAGAAUGUUUGAAGGAAAACUUUGCCAAAUUGAAGGACUCCAUUCCACUGACAGAGAAGAAUGAGCCAAAACUGAGUGAAGCUAAACAGUAUCUGACCAAUAUCUUAAGCAGAGGAAACCUACGACCUAAGUAUAUGACAGAAGCUAUGCUGAUCCUGGGAAAGCUUCAUUAUGUGGAGGGAUCCUACAGAGAUGCCAUCAGCAUGUAUGCAAAAGCAGGAAUUGAUGACCUCUCAACAAAAGAUGAGCCUCUCUAUGUGCUGCGUUUGGUAACUGAAGCCUUUGUUAUUAAAGGUUUGUCACUGGAGCGCUCAACCAACUCAAUUGCCUCACGUGCUCGACUGUGUGAAAGAGAGGAGGAAGUCAUGGCUUGUUUUCAGACAGCAUGUGUCAUUGCCCAAGUGUACUUGCAGGAGCUUGAAAAGGCCUUAAACAACAUGCAUUCGAGGAGUAUCAAGGGCAGCAAUGUGACUUACUCAGAGUUUGAACUUUCCUACUUCCUGGAAGCAGCUCUACAGAGUGCCUAUGUGAUCCAUUUAAAAAAGGGAAAUAUUGUGAAAGGAAUGAGGAGUCUACGAGAAAUACUACGGACUGUGGAAACAAAAGCUACUCAGACCUUCAAAAUGACUGCAGCCAAACAGCUAGCCCAAGUACUUCUCCAUUCCCUCAGUGAAGACUGUUACUGGAGCCCUUUAUCUGAUCCGCUUCCUGAGUUCAUGAACAAGGAAGAUCAGUCUUAUGUUAGCAAUCAUCUUUGUCAGAGGCCUGAGCUGUACACAGAAGACAAUGUGUACUGCCCUCAAGACAACGUGGAAGAGGCUCUUCUUCUCCUCUUAAUUGGUGAAUCCAUGGUAAGCCGAAAAUGA